ACCUACAAGUUGCCUCACCGGCUGAUCGAGAAGAAGAGGCGCGACAGGAUCAACGAGUGCAUCGCCCAGCUGAAGGACCUGCUGCCCGAGCACCUCAAGCUCACGGUGGGUGGNCACUUGGAGAAGGCUGUGGUUCUCGAGCUCACCUUGAAGCAUGUGAAAGCACUGACCAAUCUCAUUGAGCAGCAGCAGCAGAAAAUAAUUGCUUUGCAGAACGGUUUACAAGCGGGUGACCUGUCGUCGCGAAACCUCGACUCCAGCCAGGAAAUGUUUCGAUCCGGUUUCCAGAUGUGUGCCAAGGAAAUGCUGCAAUACCUGGCAAAGCACGAGAACGGCAAGGACCUCAAGUCAUCCCAGCUGGUCAACCAUCUGCACCGCAUGGCCUCCGAGGUGCUCCAGGGCGGAGCCGGCCGCAAGUCCGGAGAUAUCCCUCCUAAAAUGGUGGACCUGAAAGAGAAGCCCGUCUCCUUGACCAAAGCAGCGGAAGGCCACGGGAAGAACUGCGUGCCCGUGAUCCAGAGGACAUUCGCUCACUCCAGCGGGGAGCAGAGCGGCAGCGACACCGACAAGGACCGCGGGUACGGGGGCGAGCUGGAGAAAAGUGACUCCAAAUCCGAACAGCAGUAUUUCAAAAAGGAUACCGAACUCAAGUACGCUGUCCAGGAGAGAAUAAGCUCGAUUAAGCAAGAGACUGAGGACCCACCGGCCAAAAGGAGCAGGCUGGAGUCGCCGGAGGACGAGGGCCCUUUUGGCAGCGACAUGAUGGGCCCUUCCAGCGGCUUCCUGGGCCCCCACGCUCACCAGCAUUUCUACUUGAUCCCACCGUCCGCAACGGCCUAUCUGCCCAUGCUGGAGAAGUGCUGGUACCCGGCGUCCGUCCCUGUCUUGUACCCCAGCCUCCCGGCCUCCGCCGCCGCGCUCACGGGGUUCAUGAACCCUGACAAAAUCUCCCCGCCUCUGCUGAUGCCCCAGAGACUCCCUUCUCCCGUACCGGCCCAUUCCCCCAUCGACUCCUCGGCUCUGCUUCAAGCUUUGAAGCAGAUUCCUCCUUUGAACUUGGAAACCAAAGACUAA